CAGAUGUCUUUUGGAUCAUGGUUUAGAGCUGUUUUAAUCAAUUGAGAAAGUAAUGCAUGAUGAUCAUGGAUUUUGCUGGACAUUUAGAUAAAAAUUCCUUUUACGGCAGUUCAGAAUUAUAGUUUGGAUGUUGGACUGCUGAAUUGAUUCUUUAAUUUUUAAGCAAUACAGAUGGGGACAGAACUUAUGAGAGUUUGUGUUAAAGAAGAGAACGAUGAUUUCCCCCCAGUUCCGCCGGGUUUUGAGUCAUAUGCAUCAUUUACGUUAACAAGGGGAGCACAAGAUUCUGUAAAACUCGAGAGUGAUAAUGUAAAGUAUUGUUCUGCCUCUGCAACUGCAAGUAGUUCUGAUGCUAGUUCUGCCUCAAAGGAAGAUGAAUUGGGAAUUAAUGAAAGCGCAAAGAUCACGAGAUCUAUGAGGCGAAGACCUUGGAUAAACUGUGGUAUAUAUGAUAGCAGUGAAGAUGAUGUGCCUGAUUGUGGAAAGAUUGACCAAAAUCAUAGAUUGAUACAUAAUCUUCCUAAAGGCGUUAUCCGUGGGUUUCCAGAGUGUAAUGAUUGCCAAAAGGUAACUGCAAGAUGGCAUCCAGAAGCAGCAUGUAGACCAGGCAUUGUGGAUGCACCUGUGUUCUAUCCAACAGAAAAGGAGUUUGAAGAUACGUUGAAGUAUAUAGCUAGCAUACGACCAAAAGCGGAACAAUUUGGAAUCUGUCGCAUUGUUCCUCCUUCUUGGAAGCCUCCUUGUCCUCUAAAAGAAAAGAAUGUAUGGGAAAAUUCUAGAUUUGCUACUCGUGUGCAGAGGGUUGACAAGCUUCAGAAUCGUGGCUCAAUGAGAAAAAUGUCAAAAGUUAAUAACAGCAUGAGGAGGAAAAGGAGAAGAUGCAUUAGAAAGGCUGUAGACUGUGGGUCUGAUGGUGGAAAUAUUUCAUGCUCUUCUGAUACUGGAUUUUGUGAAGUAGAGAGGUUUGGGUUUGAACCUGGUCCAGAGUUUACUCUGGAUAAGUUUCAGAAGUAUGCCGAUGAUUUCAAGGCCCAGUACUUUAGGAGGAAGGAAAAUGAUGUUGAUAUGAAAGGUAAAAUGACCAUUCUUCCAGAGCACCAUGAACCUUCAGUUGAGAAUAUUGAGGGUGAAUACUGGCGCAUAGUGGAGAAAGCAACUGAGGAAAUAGAGGUCUUAUAUGGGGCUGAUCUGGAAACUGGGGUAUUUGGCAGUGGGUUUCCUAACAAGUCCAGUCAAGUUGGAUUUGCAUCCAGUGAGAAGUACAUAAAAUCUGGCUGGAACUUGAAUAACUUCCCCAGGCUUCCUGGAUCUGUUCUCAACUAUGAGAUCAGUGAUAUUUCGGGGGUUCUGGUUCCCUGGUUGUAUGUGGGAAUGUGCUUUUCAUCCUUUUGUUGGCAUGUUGAAGAUCACCACCUAUACUCACUGAAUUAUAUGCAUUGGGGUGCUCCAAAAAUAUGGUAUGGUAUCCCUGGAAAGCAUGCAUCUAAACUGGAGGAGGUUAUGAAAAAACAUUUGCCUGACCUUUUUGAUGAACAACCUGACCUGCUUCACAAACUGGUCACCCAGCUUUCCCCUUCCAUACUAAAAUCUGAAGGGGUACCUGUCUAUCGAUGCGUUCAGAAUGCUGGAGAUUUUGUUCUGACAUUCCCUAGAGCAUAUCAUGCGGGGUUCAACUGUGGUUUCAAUUGUGCAGAAGCAGUGAAUGUAGCUCCCGUUGACUGGUUGCCACAUGGACAGAUUUCCAUUGAGCUAUACCGUGAACAGGGAAGGAAAACUUCCAUCUCACAUGAUAGAUUGUUGCUUGGAGCAGCAAGGGAAGCAGUCAAAGCCCAUUGGGAACUCAGUUUACUGAAGAAGUAUACUUCUGAUAACUUAAGAUGGAAAGGUUUAUGUGGAGAGGAUGGAGUUUUAGCUAAAACUCUCAAGGCACGUGUUGAGACGGAGCGUCUGAGCAGGGAAAUUGUUUGCAGUUCUUCUCAGGCUGUGAAAAUGGAGAGCAAUUUUGAUGCUACCAGUGAGAGAGAAUGCAGUAUAUGUUUUUUUGAUUUGCACCUUUCUGCAGCUGGUUGUCAUUGCUCCCCUGAUAGAUAUGCAUGCUUGAGACAUGCAAAACAGUUCUGUUCAUGUGGUUCAGGUGCCACAAUUUUCCUAUUUCGAUAUGAUAUAAAUGAAUUAAAUAUCCUUGUUGAAGCAGUGGAAGGAAAACUAAGUGCCGUAUAUAGGUGGGCAAGACUAGACCUUGGGCUGGCCCUGAGUUCAUAUGUAACCAAGGACAAUAUAGGUGGUAGGUUACCCCAUACCCUGGAAGGAGUAUCCAAAGAAGUGCCAAAACCAGCAGUCAUUUCCUCCAAAGAACUAUCAGAGACUUCAAAGGAUUCAAAUUCUAAGUUGACAAAAGGGGAGUCAGUUCUUUCUGCUUCAAGUUUACGCAUUCCUGGAGGCCAAACUACUGCUGCAAGUAGAGUGAAGAAAGCUUCAGCUCCACGAGAUGAUAAUACCAUUGUUCUUAGUGACGAUGAAGGUGAUGAGCCUGAGAAACCAGUUUCAGAAAGGCCAAAAGAACAUUCUGGCACAGAGCAUUCAGAAGCCUCCCUGAGGCUGGCAUCAUCUGGUGAAAAAGCGAGCACAUGUAAUUACAAGAAUGAGGCUUUCUUAAUUUCCCCUCUAACUGAUGCUGUGGUUAUGAAUCAAAAGGAUUCCGUUUCCCCUGAUGUACGGAGGACUAGUUGCUCAUCUGAUUAUUCUCACAUGAAAGAUGAGCAUGCUGAAAACAGUAUCACAACAGUAGGAUCUAAUCACCAGAAUAUUUCUUUACAUUUAGAAUCUGUCACUACAGAAUCUGGUAAAGGUGUUCAGGAUUCUUCUAAUACCACAGAGAUGGAUGAUAACAAGAAUAAACCAUCGACUAUUGAAAGCAACUUUUGGCAUCUUCUGCCUUUGGGAGGUGAAAAAGUUGACGAGGAUAAACAUGAGAAGGUGGGGACCAUUGCCUCGGCAAAUUUAAUUGACAAUACAAGAAGUAAUGUAGAAGGGCCAUCUUGCUCUCAAAAUAAUCUGGACAGAAAUGUCAGGCAGAAAGGUCCUCGCAUUGCUAAGGUGGUGCGUAGGAUCAACUGUAAUGUCGAGCCUUUGGAAUUUGGAGCUGUGCUCUCUGGGAAGUUAUGGUGUAACAGCCAGGCCAUUUUCCCAAAAGGAUUUAAGAGCCGGGUUAGGUAUAUCAGUGUUUUAGAUCCAACAAAUAUGGCUUACUAUAUCUCAGAAAUAUUGGAUGCAGGGAGGGAUGGACCUCUGUUCAUGGUAUCUGUGGAGCACUGUCUCAGUGAAGUAUUCGUUCAUGUUUCAGCUGCCAGAUGCUGGGAGAUGGUGCGGGAGAAAGUGAAUCAAGAGAUAGUGAAGCAACAUAGACAAGGAAAGACCAACCUUCCACCAUUGCAGCCUCCCGGCAGCCUUGAUGGCUAUGAGAUGUUCGGUUUUACUUCACCAGAAAUUGUUCAGGCCAUUGAGGCAAUGGACCGCACUCGAGUUUGUACGAAGUAUUGGGACUCUCGGCCUUAUUCACGGCUUCAAGUGCAGUUUCUACUACAUUCUCACCCCACUGCUAAUGGUGGCAACGUUCUUAGAACAUCCGGGGAAAAAGAUAAUGCAGGGCCUCCUCGGAGCAAUUGCUUGCCCGGUGAAGUUGACACACUACUCAGAGGUCUAUUCAAGAAGGCAAACUCUGAAGAAUUACACUCACUGUGUCGCAUUUUAAGUGACAAAAGGCCACCAAUGUAUGUAGACCUUGUGGCUCGACUCAAGGAAGAGAUCGACAGUCGUCGUCCUCGAUGAUCAAUUUUUUUGUCAUUUGGAUUCGAGAUUUGAGAGCCUAUUUCCCACAUUUUUUUCGUCUCUGGAAAUAUGUUUAUGGUGCCAUGAUACAGCUUUCAUUCAGUCCACCAUUCUUUCAGGUAGAAGAAGAGUGGUAAGUGUAGGUAAUUUACCUAUGGGAUUUCUGUAACGAA